GGUACAGGUUACCCUCUGAAGGAUUCCCAAGGUCUGGUGAAGGAGGCUCGCAUAUCCCCUUCUUAUUUGACCUCUGCCGCCUAUAUCCUUCAUUUGUGCCGGGACUUCUGAGGUGCAGCAGCCAGCGGAAGGACUCCUCUUUAUCCACACCGAAAGAUUACACCAACUGAGGCAAGAUGUCCAACGUGCGCCCCAUGCAGCUCGAGGCGGCCAACGCGUACACGCAGGUCGACCACAUGUGUGCGCUGGACAUUGACUCGCGGCCCUUCAGUCAGCGCCUCAGCAGCAUCAUCUGUACUAUUGGGCCUGUUUCUCGGUCGGUUGAGAUGCUGGAGCAGAUGAUGGAAGCCGGGAUGAACAUAGCUCGAAUGAAUUUCUCCCACGGGACUCAUGAAUACCACUCUGAGACCAUGGAGAAUGUCAGGAAGGCCGCGGAGAAUUAUUCAAAGAAGAUCGGUCACUCGCACCCUGUCGCCAUUGCCCUCGACACCAAGGGACCGGAGAUUAGGACUGGCCUGCUGGAAGGGGGGGCAUCAGCUGAGGUGGAGCUGAAGGUCGGCAACCAGGUCAAGCUCACGACAGACAAGGAAUUUUACGAGAAGUGCUCAGCAGAGGUCGUGUACUUGGACUACAUCAACAUUACCAAGGUCGUGAAGGUCAACAACAGAAUAUUUGUGGACGAUGGGCUCAUCUCGCUGGUCGCCAAGGAGAUAGGUUCCAACUAUAUCUUGUGUGAGGUGGAAAAUGGAGGAAUGUUAGGAAGCAAGAAGGGCGUUAACCUGCCUGGCGUACCUGUGGACCUGCCUGCCGUGUCUGAGAAGGACCGCGGUGACCUGCUCCUGGGUGUUAAGAUGGGUGUUGAUAUGGUGUUCGCCUCCUUCAUCCGAGACGCUGCCGGUGUGAAGGAGAUCAGAGAUGUGUUGGGAGAGGAGGGGAAGAACAUCAAGAUUAUCAGCAAGAUCGAGAACCACCAGGGCUGCAAGAAUAUUGACUCCAUUAUUGAAGAGAGCGAUGGCAUAAUGAUUGCUAGAGGUGACCUGGGUAUUGAGAUUCCGGCUGAGAAGGUUUUCAUCGCCCAGAAACAGAUGUUGGCUAGAUGCAACAAGGUCGGCAAGCCAGUGAUCUGCGCCACACAGAUGCUGGAGUCCAUGGUGAAGAAGCCCCGUCCGACCCGUGCUGAGGUGUCUGACGUUGGCAAUGCAAUCAUGGAUGGUGCUGAUUGUGUGAUGUUGUCAGGGGAGACGGCAAAGGGCGACUAUCCUCUGGUGUGUGUCCGAACCAUGGCCAACAUCGCCAGGGAGGCCGAAGCUGCUCUGUGGCACAAGCAGCUGUUUAUUGAGUUGUCGCAGCAGGUGCCCAUGCCAACUGACUCCACCCACACCACCGCCAUCGCCUCCGUGGAAGCCUCGUUCAAGGCUAUGGCAUCUGCAAUCAUUGUCAUCACCACCACUGGCCGCUCCGCCCACCUGGUGUCCAAGUACAGGCCCCGUUGUCCAAUCAUGGCCGUCACACGCUUCCCUCAGGUGGCUCGGCAGGCUCACCUACACCGCGGCAUCAUCCCCAUCCAUUACACAGAAGGGGACAGUGACGCUGAGCGCGUGGAGGACUGGAUGGACGACGUGAAUGCCAGGGUGGACUACGCCGUGGCCUUCGGAAAGCAGCGAGGUUUUGUCAAGUCUGGCGAUCCAGUGGUUGUCGUGACCGGGUGGCAGAAAGGCGCAGGAUUUACCAACACAAUGCGAGUCCUGUAUGUUAAGUAGACUGUCGUUGACUAUGGGUUAAGACUGGCUGAGGGUAAGGUUGCAUUGAGGGGCAAAGAAGCUGUUAUGUGUGGGUGUGUGGGUGUGUCUGUGUUAACGCUGCUGUGUUUUUGUCACUGGCUAAAGGGUGCGUUGAUGGGCUGAGAGGCUGUCUGUGGGUCUGCGUUUGUGUGUGUUGCUGCUUCUGUGUGUUGAGUGGCUAAGGGUGUCUGUUGAUGGGCAGAGAGGCUGUGUAUGUCUGUGAGAGAGAGAGAGAGAGAGAGUGCGUUUGUGUUUGUGAGUUCGUGAAUGAGGAACGGAGACAGAGAUAGAGAGAAAGAUUUAGUGAAUGAGAAAGAGGGAGAGAGAGAGAAAAUGUUUGUGUGUUUGUGUGUGUGUGUGUGUCGCAUGGAGUAUAACCGUAACUGCAGUAUUGCCAAGUCCAGCACCAACUAACCCUGGAAUCUUGUCACCCCACACUUUCAUUGCACGCACAAACGCACACACAAAAACAACUUGCUUGAAUGAACAUAAAAAACACUAUAUAUACGUUUACUUAUCUCAUUAAACGCAAUAUAUACUGCUCUGCUUCAUAUAUCACCAUUAUAGAGUACAGUUAUCUAUAUAUUUAUGUCUAGUAGUGCUGGUGGUGGUGGUGGUGGUGGUGGUGUUGUGUCAAUAUAUAUAUUCGCAAGUACCACCAAUAAAUAUGAAUAAUAAUGAAAUGAAUUUUUUUUGCUAUUUUUAUUAGGAAUUUUUUUGUUUGUUUAUGCAUUAAUGGUGAUUUUUGCAAUGAAGUGUGUGUGUGUGUGUAUGUGUGUGUGUGUACGUGUGUGUGUGUGUGCAUUGGUUAUAUACACAAAUUAUUACUUUUAUUUAUGUAUUUUUUUCCAACCUGAUGAAAUGUUAUGAUUACUCCGUGUGUGUGUGUGUGUGUGUGUGUGUGUGUGUAUGACUUGAGUAGCAUAAAUUAUCACUGUUUCCUUGCCAGUGUGUGUGUGUGAGUGUGUGCGUGCGUACUACUUCCAGUUAAAGAUUGUAUAUUUAUCGUAAAGCCCCUCUCGUAUUAUAAUCAGUAACUUUUGCCUCUUACUGUUGAGUGAUGCAGAGUUUACCAGAGUGUGUGCAUGUGUGUGUGCGUAGCCAGGCUUGUAUUCUUGAUAUUAUGCAUCUAGUUGACUUAAAUGUGUCGAUCUAUCUUAAAUGUGUCUAUCUAUCUUUGUAGUCUUGAAAAAAUACACUUGACUCAGCUAAACUCAUUUCUUCUCCUUCCUUUUUCAAGCCUUUCCUAUUGGUCAGUGUUGUGGUCUUGGAAAACACACCUGACUUUGCUAAACUUCAUAUUUUCUGUCUUUUUCGCCCCAUAAACUAUCAGUCAGUUUUGUGGUCUUGGGAAACGCACUGGAUUUAGUUGAACGUAAUUUUUCUUUCUUUCUCUAACUAUUUCUGUCAUCAAAAGUUUCUCUAUCUUAGUUUCCCUUCUAAGUCCAUCUUCUUUUGCCCUUCAGUCAGUUACGUAAUGGAAAAAAACACAUUUCUCGUAAACUUUAUUGCAUCUCCAUUUCCCUCACAGUACGUACAUGACCUGGCCUGACCUCAGUUUAUUCCAUCAUUUCUUAAACUAUAUUUCUAAGUCCAUCUUCUUUUGGCUUUCAUUCACUUACGUAAUGUAAAAAAAAAAACAUUUCGUAAACUUUAUUGCACAUCUUCCUUUCCCAUACAUGACCUGACCUGACCUCUAUUUAUUCCAUCAUUUCUUAAACUAUACAUAACCUUCAAUCAUGCCUAAGUGUUCAUCUGUUUGUGUGUUCAACCAUUCAGUCAUUUAUGAACAUCCCAGCUUUAUUUAUUGAAGAAUUUGCUUUACGUAGAGGUAACGAAUUGACACAUGGCUUUAAACAGUGAUCUCUAUACAAGCUUUACAUCAUACAGGUCUUUAAUGCUGCCACUGAAGCUUUUAAUCUGUAUUUAUUGUGUGUGUGUCUGUACGUAUGUGUGUGUGUGUGUGUGUGUGUGUGUGUGUGUGUGUGUGUGUGUGAGUGCUUACAUUGCAUCUAUGGUUACUGAAGUGGUGUAGAAUGUUAUAGAAUUAAACUGUAUAAUGUUUACAAGUAGUGUAGAUAGGAGGAGGUUAUCAGUUUUCAUUGCUAUGCUAAAUGUUUGUAAUUGUUUAAUGUAAUGUAUGUAAUUAAUUUUUUUUCGCUUGGAUGCUGAAUUUUUUUAAGGUUUGCCGUAAUGAGGGCUAAGUUAAUUGAUUUGUUGGUAUGUUAAAUGUUCGUCAUCUAAUAUAAGACACAAUUUAUUCCGUUCUCAUUGCCAAGUUUAAUUUUUUUCUUUACUAUUCUUUUUUUUCAUUCUAAUUUACUUUUCUGCAUCACAACUACAUUUUUUCUCCAUUUACAAAAAAUUUUCACCUAUUUACGCAAGUCAGAUUCUAUAAUAAACGUAAUUCAUUCUGUUCUCAUUGCCAAGUUUUGCUUUUCUUUUAUUUUUCACUCUAAAUUACUUUUCAAAUCAAAGCUACAAUUUUUUUCUCCAUCUACCAAACUUUUCCACUUAUUUACACACGUCAAAUUCUAUAAACUGCAAAAAAAAAAAAAAAAAAAAAAAAAUAACAAAUUUACGUGUGUUUGUGUGUACGUGUGUCUCGGAAAACGGACAUCUCCAACAUUUAUCUUUACGUAGCAAUGAAAAAGUUAACCUGUCUUGCCUCCACUCACUUAACGAACCCAGAUGUUAACGAGAUUGUCACCCAUUAUCUUGUCCCAGCCGUGAACAAUAAAGUUAUCAGUGAACAAAA